AACAAGCCCCUCACCCCCCUUGAUGCUGCCGCCCCCCACCUCCCCCUCCACACCACCCGCCGACCACGCUGGCUCUGGGCCCCCUGGCGCUCCCACUCUCACGCAGGACCUCCGGUCUCUACCAAGUCUUGCGACGACCUGCACCGCGUCAGCGCCCCUGUCCACCCUGCCAGUAGUAGAUCUGAGGGGUGCCUCCUAACUCUGCUGCUGACUCCCUCACUGUUACUGACGCCUCGCACCAAUACUCCACCUCACUCCGGCACCAAGUAUCGCUUGUGGCGUGGAUUCAGCCGUAGCGCAAGGGACGUCAGUCUAGCGCCUCUCUCUUGUCCUCCUCGUCCCGCCAUCAGUCUGGCCGUCAUGGAUAAGUUCACGCCGCGGGCACCCCGACCUGUGCGCCACAAGGCCAGCACACUGCCCUAUUCUCCUGCCUCAGGUCCACAACCUAUGGAUCGGCGGCAUCGUGGCUUAGUAGCACUUUUACGACGACUGAGUCCUAGACUAAAGCGGACGCCCUCACCUGACCGUCCCUGGGUGAAGGUGGAACCGCGGCCUGCUGACCGCACUUCUGUUGCUUCCGACCACAGCUUCGAGACCGCCUUACAGGUGCGCUACCCAGAGAUGGUGGCGUAUAGUGCCUCUCACAUCCAGAGCAAUAACACACACAAUUCUGCAGAUGCUGGAUUGAAUAAGAGUGAAGGAGGUCGUGGUAGCCGGGGAGGCCUGAGCGGUCUACUCAACUCCUUGCGCUCUGCUAAAUCCGGACGUCAAGACAAGAACAGUUCCAACAGUGUAGCGAACGACAAACAUCGUGACAAAGAGACAGUUACUAUCACAAGGGAGAGUGACCACCAGCUACAAGAGCGCUACUACAGGGACCCGGGGGUGGAGGGCGGCGAGGGUCAACAGAACGGUGACACCAGACACACCCAACCGAGACUUUCUCCCCAGGCACCACCACCCGUCAUCCCUGCCACCACUGUGCCUGCCCUUCACUUGCACCCUGCCCAGUUGGACUCACGGGCCAAGGCGGACAUGACCACCACCCUCAUCCCUCUACACACCAGCACACGGCCCACCGCCUCUGUUCAACGGCCUCAUACGCUUAACUUGCCCAACCGCGGCCACUGCAGAGCGGGGUGGACGGCAACCAUUGGGCCGCCACCCCACCCACUGCCUCCACCACUACUACCAUCACUUCCACCACAAAUGUAUCAGCCCCUUCAAACACAAACUACCUCUGUCGACAGCAUAGGCUCCUGCUCACUUGACGUCAAUGCUACAGGCACAACCUCACCUGCAACCAUGGAAGCUGUUGAUGGUUCUCGGAGAAGCCUACGGAGCCUCAGCUUAGAAAACAACCUUUCUGAGGUAGGAGAGAGUGUAGUAACCACUCCAGUAAGACCUCUAAAGCUUCAACCAUUCACUGACCCAGGGUCUUUAAGAGACACGUCAAUAACAGAUGUCAGUUAUAAGGCUCCAUCUUACUUGGGUAUAUCUUGUGCUGUUAACGGCUACAGUAGACUUAAUAGGUACGACUCUUCACUACGGGAUGGUUUUCGCUCGAGAGAUGCUAGCCCAGCUCGAUUAGCAUUCAGCAGAAGUAGAGAUUCUAGUCCUAUGCGGCCAGAGUGGAAAGUAUUUGAUCUUCACACAAAGGCUUCACCACAAGCUACAGCUGCAAAAAUUAGGGAAUUAAAGGAGGAAUUAGCUCGUUUCAAAGCAGAAUUCCCUCAUCCUCCAGGAGAACGAGGUCGUCAAAGUUCAUCUAGAAAACUUGGAAGAAGGCCUUCACAAGGUCGUAGUGUCAGUGUAGAUAGAGGUUACCUGGUGAAAUCUGGAUCUAGAGAAAAAAUGAAUGGCCUUGAGAAAGACAUGUCCACUCAGGGUGCCCAGCGUGUACGUCUCGUAGAAAUAAAUAUGACCGAUUCACAAUCUGUAAAAUCUUCUAGCUACCAGUACUCAUUUGAACAGAGUAUUGUAAGAGGUGGUUUAAGUGAUACAAGUGACAGUAUACUCUGUUCCGCUCACUCCAAUGGUGACUCUCCAGACACAAAAUCUUUUAUUCAGUCUCGAAUUGAGCGGCUGUAUGGACCUAGUGCCCUUGGAGCAGGAUUUCGUAGUCGUCGUUCUUUGUUAGAGUUAGAAAAAGAGCAGAAGGAUAGGGAGUCUGGAGUGUUUCGGAGUCCUGUGUUACCUUCACAGGUAGACAACCUCUAUGAACCAGAAGCAAAGGCUCCAGAAGGAUUCCCCAGUGUAUUUAGGCAUUUGCGUCCUGAGUUCAGAACCCAGCUGCAAGUGAAGCGUAGCAAUAGAUUAAAACCAGGAAUAUCCUUGGAAUUGCCUUCAAUAAAUAACACCAGUGAUAUUAAUUCUCCAAAGAGACCUGGAAGAGUUAUACCAAUUAUCUUAACAGAUACAUUUGAGAAAAACACCCAGAAACCUCCAGUUCCUCAACCUAAACCAGAGGUACCCAUUACUAAUGAAGCCAGUAGAGAAAACAAAGUUCUUAAUAGGGACAGCAAACCAGUUGUGCAGAAGAUAAUUAAUGGUAAUGGAAAUAUUAAAGAAACUGAUGCCACAUUGGAGAAAGAGACAUGUGUAAAUGGAAGUGCAAUAGAAGAUAAAGUUAGUGUUAAGGAAGAGCAAGAAUCAACAAAGAGAACUAGUAAUGUAAAUGGUGUGUCAGACUCAGUGAAUUUAAAUGGAAAUUUUAAUAAAACCUCUGAAGAAGAAGAAAAAGAUGGUCACUAUUUUUUGAAGGUGGUAGAAGGUGUGGUGAAGAGCAUUGAAGCUCAGGUUGUUGAAAUUGAAUCUGACCUAGAGGCAAGAGGGUCAGAGAUGAGUGAAGAAGUCCGUGGAAAGGUGCUAGCAGCUAUUGGAAAGGCUCGUCUCCUCGUAUCUCAGAAGAUUCGACAAUUCCAAGGCCUUUGUCACAAGAAUAUUUCUGGAACUAUAGGGGAAGAGUUCCCAACAACCUGUCAAGAUUUAGCUGGUUUUUGGGACAUGGUAUCUAUCCAAGUUGAGGACAUCAGGAAUUCCAUACAAGAAAUUGUUGUACUACGCACCAAUGGGUGGAAGGAGGUAAACCAAAUAGAUACCAUUGACGGGGCCAACAGAAAUGUUACCACUGGUCAUGCCCGUCGAAAACCUGCACCUAGACCCUCCAGACCUGCAAAAUUUACAAAAGGUAGUGCAGAGAAAACCGAGGAAGGAAAAAGUAGAGAUGAAGCCCGCAAGAAAAUGAUGGAGGAAAGACGAAAGGCUAUGAAGGAAGCAAUGAAAGCCAAAAAAGCAGAGGCUGAAGCAAGAAAGGCAGAACAGGAUGAUGAGGCCCCAGUGGAAAUUUUCGUUCCUGACAGCAAGUAGAGUAUUAUGGAAGUUAUUAGAUGUUUGAAAUCCCCAAGUGUAUGAUGUGUGAUAGAUAUGUAAAUUCAUGAUGACAUUGAUACUUUGACAAGGAAACUUAAUUGGUAGUAUUCCUUUAAACCUGGUCAUGUUGGUGUGCUACAAGUGUUAGCUCUAAUGGCUGUAGACUAAAUGAAUAAGUCUGGUGCAGUACAGUGGAAGAUUUACGCUGACUUAUGAACUUACUCUGUGUAGGUGAUGGGUCCAGAAAAGUUAAGGGGUUCGCGAGAACCUGUUCCAUUUUGUAAGUUGACUUAAAUUCCUGCAAUGAAAUUAUUAUCUAGUAAGCCAUAAUAUUGACAAUGAUUGUUAUGUGGUAGAUUUAAGAUAUUGUUAACAAGUGAAGAAAAUGUCACACAAAGGUAGGGAAAGGCAGGACACUUGCUAUUAAUGGGAAACACUCUUGACUAUUUCCCAGUACAACUUGUUCAUGUUGUUACUGGCCUGUGCCAGUUUUUUUCCAGUAUCCUUUCGAUUGUAGUGAUGCUGUCUUAGAACAAACAGUGCUGUUAUUAGGUUUUGUCUCAAAUUUUAAAGUUAUAAAAUGUAUCUAAUAUUGUAAAUCAUUUUAAUCGCACUUACAUUCCCAAGUACUGUAUUCAAGCUUCAGUAAUAUCUCGUGAACCAAUUUCUUUUGAGUGAGGUGGUGUAUAUAGCAAAGGAAGUUUUAUGGGUUAUAUCUUUAUUUUGGAACUUAGAUGAUAUAUACAGAAUAAAGUUAGAGAGGUCCUGCUUGUGUGAAGGUAAAUUAAGAGUACUGUAUCAAAUUUUAUAUAACUGUUUACCCUAAUUGUAAAUUUCAAAGCAAUAUAACGAGUUUCCCUAAGUCAUAUGUUUUCAUUUUUUAAUGAAAUAUUAUAAUUGGGCCUGCAUAAAAUAUAUAAGGGAUUAUGUCCCCUGCUUAUGACCUGAAUUUGCACAUUUCAACUCGACGCCCAGCAUUAUCUGUCUGUACUCGAUGAACUUAUGUUAUCCUCCAAAUACCUCUCCUUUUUUAUACCUUGUCACUUUCUUUUGUGUAUUUUAUUAUUAAAAUUAUUAUUACUGGAAAAGUAGUAAAAAUUUUGUACAGCCACCAAUUAAUUUUACUUUGCUGUACUCACCUACCUAAUCACUGGAAAUCUGCAUUUGUUCCUUUAAAUAAUGGCAUUGCAGUAACCUGCUUUCUUCAUGUUUGUUAUGUAUUGAAAAGCAUUCAAGAUUUAAUUACAAUUGCAUAAAAGACCUCAUAAUCCAAAGGGACAUUUCUCUCCUGUUUAUUUUUUAUUUUACCAUGUACAGUAUAUAAUUUUAUAUUUGUAUGUCAAGUUCAUUUUCAGUAAUUUUAAAAUUUAGCACCAUUAUGAAUAUUUAAACUAGGGUUUUUUAUUUGCUGAUGUGUAUUUCACAUUUGUAAUAAUGUUUUGCACUAUUUUUAUCAUGCAUAUGUAUUGUGUACUGUAUUUAUCUGCUAUUUAUUGUUGGCUUUAAACUGAAUGAUGAUAUCUUCUUGAAGCAGCCCUGUAGCACUUGCCUACAUUGUCUUAUCCAUGAGGUAUAUGUUUUUAUAAUCAAUUAAAAUAUUCCUAAUAGACUGAACAGUCCAGAGAGUGGUGAUUCCGAGUAUCAUACACACUUGUAAAUGAAUUGCAAGAUUUUACCUCAAAUUUAUAAAAGCAGUGUGCUGACCCUAGCUAGAUUUGCAUUAGAAUACAGGUGCAGUUGUAAACUGAUUGUUGUUGUUUACUUCUUUUUGUAUAGGAAGAAUUUUUUUACUUAUAAUGAAUGAUGACAUUAGAAAUGUGCCUUGUAUCUGCUUCCCAUGUGAACUUUUAAGUAUGGUAAAUGUUUUUACAGAAUGCAUUAUUAUCUGAGUUCAUCAUUGUGUGCAGUACCCUGUAAUUAGGCAGCUGUUGAUGUUUAAACUUUUAUAUACCAAAAUGUUAACAUUUUAUUAACCAACUGAAAGUAAAUAUUGAAAUGUAUAUAAUGGGUCAGUAAAGUUUGAGAAUGAAUAAAAAAAAAUAUAUAUAUA